AGAAAGGAGAAGAGACAUACUGCAGCAUGCCAGAUGUAGAAUCAGCCGCAGCACGGUAGGGGACAGCUGUGAUUUGGAUGAAGAGCCCGCCUGGUUCUGUUUCAGUCCAAGCUGCUUUGUGGGUUUGGGGCCCGGAUCGAGACCUCUGCAGAAGGAGCAGCAAGCCAGCCGGCAUCCACACUUGGCUCUUCUCCAGCAGUGAGGAAUUGUACUGACAGCUGGCAAUGAUCCUCCAUCACCUUGUCACCUCAUAACCACUGGAAAGAAUUGCUGAACUGGGGGCAGAAGCAGACUUCACAUUACCAUCCGUGCCAGAUGACCACAGACCAGCAAUCCAAAGCAGUGCCAGCCAAGAGAGAUAUUGCUCAUCUACCUCCCAGCAGCAGGUGACAGGAAUGACCUGCCCGUGGCUCCUCAGAGGGGAACGACUUCCCUCAGCACUUUUCUUUGUGCCUCCUUAGCCCAUCACCAGGCUCAGCCAUCUCUGCGAGAGCAUUCCCUGACCCAUGCUGGGCAUGUCAGCAUCCAAUACAUCCAAUACAUCCAAUACAUCCAAUACAUCCAAUACAUCCCAGACAUGCAAGGAUUACACCUUCAACCACCACCUCCUCAUGCCUGGCUACACCCUGAUAUUCAUCACAGGUUUGAUACUCAAUGUGGUAGCCCUGUGGAUAUUUGUCCGAUACCUGCGCCUGAAGUCUGUAGUGAUGAUCUACAUGUUGAACCUGGCCAUAAGUGACCUCAGCUUCACACUUUCUCUGCCCAUGCGACUCUACUACUAUUCCAACCACCACUGGCCCUUUGGUAGCUUCCUGUGCCAGGUCUCUGGCUCAGUCUUCCAGAUCAACAUGUACGGUAGCUGCCUCUUCCUCAUGUGUGUCAACCUGGAUCGCUUCGUUGCCAUUGUUCACCCGCUUCGCUGGCGGCACCUGCGGCGCCCCAAGGUGGCCAAGCUCCUCUGCUUCGUCGUCUGGGUUGUGAUCUUCAUGGGCUCCAUCCCCACAGCCAUAGUCCACAAGCAAAACCACUGUAAAGUAAAAAACCAGACCAUUUAUCUGUGCUUUGAAAGCUUUAGCGACAACAUGUGGCAGAAUAACCUCUUCCCCCUGGUAAUCCUGGCUGAAAUCUUGGGGUUUCUCCUGCCUCUCAGCUCUGUGACAUACUGCUCAAUCCGCAUCUUUCAGGAGCUCUGCCAGCCCAGCCAGACAAAGACCCUGCGACAGCGGAAGACCGUCCGUCUCCUCCUGGUCAAUCUGGUCAUCUUCAUCAUCUGCUUCGUGCCCUACAACACUACCCUGGCGGUUUAUGGGAUGAUCAAGGCCCGGGUGAUGAAGGUCGAGGAACAAACGCAGGCCUCGGUGCGCCAGGCGUUAAUUAUAACGAUGAUGUUUGCCAGCAUGAACUGCAUGCUGGACCCCUUGGUCUACUACUUCAGCACUGAGGGCUUCCGUAACACCUUCAAGAAAUUGCGGCGGGGACAAGCCUGGGACUCAGAGAUGGGAACGCUUAAGCAUCAGAUUGUGGAGUGUAAGUCAGCCCGAGACCACGCUGUGUCUAAAGUAAAACUGUUCCCAUCUGAGAACUUUAUCCGUCCCAAUGAAUCCUCACCAUCACUUCCUACUGCAGUGUUCCUGAAUGGCCCCAUUGAGGACUCAGAGAUUUAAGCCCAGGAAAGCCAUACCAUUGCAGAGUCACAUAUGCAAUAACUACAGCAAGCCUGUGGGAUGCAGCAAACUGUUUGAGGGAGCACAGCAGACUCUCUGUGGGUGAACGUGAUGAUGCAAAGCUGAAGGAUGAAAGGUUGUUUUGAAUAAACAGAGGUGCCUUCGUGACAUGGUCAUACCUGACUCUUUUGGUACAGGAAACAGAGUGGGGAACAAGGAUUUGAAACAAACUUAGUGAGUCUAGGUCUGGCCAGCAUGAAUUCCUGUAGCAAACCCAUCCUGACUGAGUAGCUCCUGGCUGCACUAUGGCCUGAGGCAGUUCUGGGGAUCAACAGAACACAGAUACAGUACUCACUGCUGACAAAGUGAAUUUAGCAGUGACUGAGGAAAACCUUUGACCAGCUGUUUCAAUCUGAGUCACAGGUCCAGCACAGGACACCUAAAUGUGUAUCUUAAUUUUCCGAAAGAACUGAAGCGUUUAGCAAGCUUUGUUGAGGUCAAGGAGAAUAGCUGAGUUUUCAGUAAUCUUGCAGAAAAUAGGUUCCUAAUUAUAUAGAAAAUCACAGACCUUAGCAAAACAAUCUUCAGGAGGUAUGUCAAAUCUGCAGCUGUAAACACACGCACGUGGCACAAUGGCUAUACAUUUACCUAAAGCAAAAUGGCUUGGGAAACACUAGCAUGCUUUAAAAAACUACAUUCCCAAUGGCCCCAGAACAAAAGAGAGGAUACCAAUAUUGUCAUCGUGUCAGAAGCUCAUGCUGAUGUUAGUGCUUUGCACUCUCUUGUUGCUGGCCCCUAUAUAGGAUGACUGAUUUCAGGUCUGAGUGAUUUUCACUGUUGAAAAGGAAUGAUGUCAGAGAAUGAAGCUGUGGUGAGAUGUAUUUGCUUGCACUGUUUGUACAUGCUUUUCCAGGCUGCACUGUAUGUGAAAGCCCUAUAAAUCUCCCCAGAAGCAAGAUCAGGCUGUACACAGGCAGUGCCAGAAGCCCCAGUUUUUCACUCCUGCUGAUGGCCAAGGGUUGCCUUUCCAAUUGCACUACAAAACAGCCUCUCUGUGGCUUCCAGCAGGUCUCAGGCUAUUCUGGAGUGGAUUCAUUACAGUGGUUUGGUUCUGUUUUUCUUAAUGUUAAAGGAAAGGUCAGGGAAAGUGACAAGAAAUGUAGUCCAGACUGCUAAGGUUUAUAGUUUUUAGACUUCUCAAUAAGCAAUAAAUCUGGU